GCCACACACAUGGCUAACAGCCACAACUUACUACCUCAGCCCCGGAGAAAGAAAUAACAAAAACGCCAGCAGAAGGACACUGCAGGAGACAGCCCAUGGGACAAAACAAAAAGCGAAGAAGAGAAUUCCCAACAUUUUUUCCUUGUUUAUGGAUACUGACACGGAACCCACUUCCACUGUUGUCCUCCCAGCGUCAUCUUUUCGCUUCUCUCUUGUUGCAGGAGAGGACAAGUGUGUUCUCUCUCUCUCUCUCUCUUUUUCCCUCUCUCUUCCGUCAGCCUUUUGCAAAGCUCCGACAGUGCAGCGUAUCCCCCCACCGCCCCCCAACCCUCCACUCACCGCCACCAUCUCUCCCACCACCCUCUACCCCCUUCCCCCCAGGAGGAAUAGACGGAUUACUGCUAACUGUGCACACGGCAGCAUGCAGCUGCUCUGACCGGGGCCAGCCCAACGUUGGGAGGAAGCAAGAGGAAAGCAGAGGAUGAGCGAAAAGGGUGAUGACUGUGCCGGGAGUUCUUUAGUCUUUUUUUGUCUCCCACUCUCUGUCACAACAGGGCUAAUCAGCGACCGACAAGCCCUUGGCAAAGUCACAGUAAGGGAGGUCUCUCACCCAAACAGGCAACCAACCAACGAGCCAACACAUGUACCAGGAGAUGACAGAGAGGGGGAUUUUUUUCUUUAAUUUCAGUUAGUCCCAUCUUUCCUGCUUCUCUGUGGCAAUCACCUACGUAAUGGAUCAUUGUGAUUUAUCCAUGGUGGAGCAACAUUUUGGAAUCUGCAGCCUAGCAGGAGGGGAGUCAGUGGAGGAAGAAAGGAUCUAAGCACCUGCUAAGAUUUCAUGGCCUUACCUUUUGCUCUCAGUGUUCUCUUAGCUGGUUUUUGUUUUUAAAUUUAAGAAGACAUUUUAUAUCCUUGGCUUAAAAAAAAGAGUUGCAUCACUUUUUCAAAAGACGGGGACAAGAGAGAAUUUAUCUUCUGCCAUUUGAUGGAAAGGACUUCUCAGUUAAUAUGACUCAUGGCUGUUGCUUUUAACUUUUGGAAAAAUGGAGCACCUUUAAACUAAUGAGCAUCUUCCUGCACUGUCGAUGGAACUUGGGAGCCUUGAGCUGCUCCAGCCAGGCUAGGGUGGUCUGUCCUUCGGUGUGUCCCGUCUCCCCCCACCAUGCAGAAUAAUGAGCCCUCCACACCAUGAGUCCGUUGGCCCAGGUUAAUGUGCAGUCUACCUGGAACACAGCCCUGCUAGCCGUGGUUUCCCUCAUGGUGCCUGCUCUCAGUAUGUGCCAGUCCACAGGGCCGGAGUUGGGCUCCACAAUUCCACAGAACUGUCCAGGUGUUUGCUCCUGCACUAACCAGCUCAGCAAGGUAGUGUGCACCCGCAGAGGCCUGAUCAGGGUUCCUCCAAACAUCCCAGCCAACACCAGGUACCUGAACCUGAUGGAGAACAGCAUAGAGACCAUACAAGCAGAUACCUUCAGACAUUUGCAUCAUCUGGAGGUGUUGCAAUUGGGCAGAAAUGCAAUCAGGCAAAUUGAAGUUGGGGCUUUUAAUGGUUUGACUAGCCUCAAUACCCUGGAGUUGUUUGACAACAGACUAACAGUUAUACCAAGUGGAGCUUUUGAGUAUCUUUCAAAACUGAGAGAGCUGUGGCUCAGAAACAAUCCAAUUGAGAGCAUUCCCUCUUAUGCCUUUAACCGAGUUCCCUCACUCAUGAGACUAGACCUGGGCGAGUUGAGGAAGUUGGAGUACAUCUCAGAAGGGGCUUUUGAGGGCCUUCAUAAUCUCAAGUACCUGAAUUUAGGGAUGUGCAGUUUGAGGGAGUUUCCAAAUUUGUCACCUCUCUUGGGACUGGAGGAGUUGGAGAUUUCUGAAAACGUUUUCCCAGAGCUAAAGCCCGGGGCCUUCCGUGGGCUGAAGAAUUUGCGUAAACUCUGGAUUAUGAACUCUGCCAUUACCAUCAUUGAGAGGAACGCAUUCGAUGACAUCACUGCUUUGGUGGAGUUGAAUCUAGCCCAUAAUAAUUUAUCGUCCCUUCCCCAUAACUUGUUCACCCCUCUACAGUACCUGGUGGAGCUACAUCUACACCAUAACCCUUGGCGCUGUGAUUGUGAUGUAGUUUGGCUUUCCUGGUGGCUCAGAGAAAAUAUUCCCACAAAUUCCACCUGUUGUGGACGCUGCCACACUCCAGUCCAGAUGAGAGGAAGAUACUUAGUGGAAGUUGAUCAAACAACGUUUCAGUGCUCAGCGCCAGUCAUACUCGAUGCUCCAAGAGAUCUGAACAUUUCUGCUGCAAGGGUGGCGGAAAUGAAGUGUCGUACAGCAGCAAUGAGCUCUGUCCGAUGGCUUCUCCCCAAUGGGACUGUGUUAACCCAUAGCUCAGCUCAUCCAAGGAUAUCUGUUCUCAAUGAUGGGACACUCAACUUUUCCAACGUUCUCCCUUCAGACACGGGAGUGUACACUUGCAUGGUGAGCAACAUGGCAGGCAAUUCCAAUGCUUCUGCCUAUCUCAAUGUCAGCAAUGCUGAACUUAACACUUCUAACCUAUCCUACUUUACAACUGUCACAGUGGAAGUGUUAGAGCCCACAGUGGAGGAGACACCUAAGCCCAAGCCCACUUUACCCGCUUCACCCUCUGUUUUUCAACCUGUGUUCAUCUCCACACCAACUGUGCUGUUCCAAAAUACCCAAACUCCAAGGCAGGUGUCAAUUCCUACAGCCAGAGUCCCUAGCGGGCCACCUGCCAGUCUGGAUGAGAUGAUGAAAACCACAAAAAUCAUCAUUGGCUGUUUUGUAGCUGUUACGCUGCUGGCAGCCGCCAUGUUGAUAGCAUUCUAUAAACUGCGUAAGAGGCAUCAGCAGAGAAGUACUGUGGCUGCAGCCAGGACCAUAGAAAUCAUACAAAUGGAGGAAGAGGUUCCACCUGUUCCACCACCUACAUCCGGAUCUAGUGGCUCUGACGAAACAGGUUUGGUACUGCCAACUUUAGUGGAACACAACAGCAACACAUUUAAACCUGGAUAUGUGUCUUCUUCCUCGUCAUCCCGACAAGGGAGCUAUGGAGCUCACUGGACCCAGAACAACUCUCUCCAUCGCUCAGUCAGACAGCACCACAGCCACAUCAGCAUCAUUGCUGAUCCCUAUGUCAUAAUGACCUCUCAUGGCAAGGAGAAAGUUCAAGAGACCCAAAUCUGAAUUACACUCCCUGUGGAUCUAUUUAUGACUCGGUCCAAACCUCUGUUCUCAAAUCUGCUCACCAGUCCAUGCAAUAUAAUGCACAAAGAGCAAAAUGUUAACUUUCUUUUGUACAGAAGUGCAAAACAGACUUUUUUUCUUGUAUAUGCCUAUACAUAAAUAUAUAAAUAUGAAAAAUAUAUAUGACUGAAAGUCCA